AUGUCACCUGUCUUACUCGAAGAUCCCCAGGCUAAAACUGCACCUGCAGUAGAAACUAAGCCUCAAUAUAGUCUGGACACUGUUCCAAACAUGCUUUCCCUUCGCGGCAAAACCAUAGCUAUUACUGGUGGUGCCAGAGGUCUCGGUAUGGCUGUCGCCUAUGCAGUUGUUGAGUCCGGCGGCCAUGUAGCCUGUCUCGAUCUCCUUCCUGCUCCUUCCGAGUCUGAGUGGGCUGGGCUCCAGAAGCUGUGCAAACCUCGGAAUUUGACUGCCACAUAUGCCAAAUGCGAUGUUACGAGCGAGGCUGAGAUGGAAGAAGUGAUCAAUGCCAUUGAGCAGAACGGGAUCGAAAACGGAGCGCCAUUCUAUGAUAUGGUCGCGUGCGCCGGCAUCCAACAAAAAGUGCCUGCUCUUGAUUACAAUUCUCAAGACUUUGAGAGAAUACUACGGGUGAACGUUACUGGGGCUUUUAUCACGGCUAAAUGGACGGCCAGGAAGUUGGUUGAAAAAAGGAGGCCAGGCAGCAUUGUGCUGAUUGCAAGCAUGUCAGGAAAUAUCGCAAAUCGGGGGCUUACCUGCUCUGCAUACAACUCGAGCAAAUCAGCCGUCCAACAAAUGUGUCGAUCUCUAGCCCAAGAAUGGGGUCAAUAUGGCAUUAGAAUCAACACACUAUCACCAGGUUACAUCCGCACAGAUAUGACCAACCAAUUGCUCGCCGCCGAACCAGAGGUAGAAAAGAUUUGGAUGGCUGGAGCUCUCUUGGGAAGACUUGCAACACCAGACGAAUUCAAAGCACCGGCCAUUUUCCUUCUCUCGGAGGGUAGUUCAUUCAUGACCGGUGCAGAUUUAAGGGUUGAUGGAGGUCACUGUGCCUCGGCGUAA